AUGAUCAAACUUGAUGACUUGAAGAUCGAAGAUUCCAAAGCGGAAUCAAUUCCUGAAGCAGAAAGUGAAGAAGACAAGAAGAAGAAGAAGAAGAGUAAAAAUAAGAAGAAGAAGAAGUUAACUGCUAUUGAUAACAGUUACCCCGAUGGGAUUUUUCCAGAAGGGGAAUGGCAAGAGUACCCAUUGGAAGUCAACAGCUACCGUGUAACUAGCGAAGAAAAAAGAUACUUGGAUCGUCAACGUAAUAAUGAUUGGCAAGAUUUCCGUAAAGGUGCCGAGAUCCACCGUAGAGUACGUCAAAAGGCCAAAUCAAGUAUUAAACCAGGGAUGAGUAUGAUUGAAAUUGCUGAUUUAAUUGAAAAUUCUAUUAGAACUUAUACUGGGAAUGACCAUACUUUAAAACAAGGUAUUGGAUUCCCAACUGGUUUAUCGUUAAAUCAUGUUGCAGCACAUUUCACUCCUAAUACUGGAGAUAAAACCGUUUUAAGUUAUGAAGAUGUUAUGAAGGUGGAUAUUGGUGUUCACGUUAAUGGACAUAUUGUCGAUUCAGCUUUUACAUUAACAUUUGAUGAUAAGUAUGAUAAUUUACUUAAUGCAGUUAAAGAAGCAACUAAUACUGGGGUUAAAGAAGCCGGUAUUGAUGUUAGAUUAAAUGAUAUCGGAGAAGCCGUUCAAGAAGUAAUGGAAUCAUACGAAGUUGAAUUAAAUGGUAAAACUUAUCCAGUUAAGUGUAUCAGAAAUUUGAAUGGUCAUAAUAUCGGUAAUUACGUUAUUCAUUCUGGUAAAACUGUUCCAAUUGUACCAAAUGGUGAUAUGACUAAAAUGGAAGAAGGUGAAACUUUUGCGAUUGAAACUUUCGGGUCUACUGGUAAUGGUUACGUUGUUGGAUCUGGUGAAUGCUCCCAUUAUGCUCUUAUACCAGAGGCUCAAAAUUUGAAAGCUCCAACUGAUCGUUCAAAAUCUUUAAUGGAAAGUAUUAAAACGAAUUUCGGUACUUUACCUUGGUGUCGUCGUUACUUAGAAAGAACCGGUGAAGAUAAAUACUUAUUAGCAUUGAAUCAAUUGGUUAGAGCUGGUAUUGUAGAAGACUAUCCUCCAAUCGUUGAUAUCAAAGGUAGUUACACCGCUCAAUUCGAACACACCAUCUUAUUACAUCCUCAUAAAAAAGAAGUUGUCUCUCGUGGUGAAGAUUUCUAA